ACAUAGCAGAGGUUAUCUUCAUUUCGUCAAUAUAUUUCAGUAUUGUAGCGUAGGCACACUCACAUGCAUUCAAUUUUUAAGAUGUCGCGCGCUCUUCAUAGGAAAAGCAAGAAAACCAGUUCGUAAUUGUCCAGUUGUAGUGGUAUUGACACCGAAACAUUGCAAAUAUCUAUGAUUGGAUAUGGAUCUAGUGAAAUUAAUGUUUGACUUUACGUUGGGGUUGACGACUUUUGUUUUUCUAGUUACUGGAGCGAAUGAACCUGCAGAUGUUGAAUGUAUUACCCCCAACAACGAAAAAGCAAAAUGUCAGCCACUAUAUACCUGCCUAGUGCUUCUCCAAGCGCUAAUCACCCAAAGGAAAGAAGUUUUAAAUUUCGUUCGCGAAUCACAUUGUGGAACAUGGUCCAGUGAAACCCAACCGCUAGUGUGUUGUGGAACCAAGGCAUCUAAGGUGGUAGAGGAUAUACCGAAAAAGGGCGAGAGUACUAUUCCCCCUGUCAUCCGAAAGCCAAUAUCGGAUAAGCGAUUUUGCGGUUACCAACACACCGAUGAUUAUUUCUACACUGGUAACGUAACGGCGAUAGACGAGUUUCCAUGGUUGGCAGUUUUGAAGUACAAACGCGAUGCGGAUUUGGAUGACAACCUGAAUGAUCACUUUGUUGAGUUUGGUUGCUCUGGUAGUCUCAUCAGCAAACGAUAUGUCCUUACUGCAGCACAGUGUCUAAGGUUACGAACCAGCUCUGCGGUAGCUGUGCGUUUGGGGGAAUAUAACAUCCAACACGAUACGGACUGCGUAAAAUUUUCGGAACUCGACGACUGCAGUAGUCCAGUAGAGGAUGUGGGGAUUGAGAAGAAAAUUAGGCAUCCCCAGUACAAUAGACGAUUAGGUUUAAAUGAUAUCGCCCUGUUAAGGCUUAAUCGCAAAGUCGCGUUUACAGAUUACAUUCGACCCAUAUGUCUUCCGGAUAGCCAAACAAAAUUUGCCCAGGUUGGAGAUACGAUGACAUUAUCGGGAUUUGGUAGAAUAGGUACCCACGACAAGUUUGCAAUAAUAAAAAAGAAGAUUUUGUCACAAUUGAUUUCAAAUGAACAGUGCGACCAGGAGUUUACCAUAAUUGACAGUAGCGCGCGCAGAAAAGUUACUGACAACAUCAUGUGCACCAAAGAGUUGGAAGUGAGCAACGACCGUUCGUGCGAAGGCGAUUCUGGAGGUCCUUUGAUGUUUUCGUACCGCACACAAUGGCACAUUGAAGGAGUUGCAGUGUGGAGUAGCACUAUCUGCGACAUUGCAUAUCCGUUUGCUUUCACCAAAGUUUUUAAUUAUAUGGAAUGGAUCGAAAGUACAGUGGUGCCUUGACUUUGAAAUUAUAGUGUCUAAUCACAUUUGAACAUAAAACCAUAUUUUAUAUUCGAAGCUAUCACUGUGUUAUUGUUGACACUACGGCAGACAAAAUGCUCAGGCUGACAAAUUAGAUGUUACCUAAAUAUUUUAA